CCACGCGACCCCGCGCCGCCCGCUCGCGCUCUCCAUCCAGCACCAGACACCAGCUACAAGGUUGCAGAGUGCAUCGAAACAAGAUUCGUGAGAGAAGUGUAAAACAAUGGCAUAUACAUCGUAAUUGCUAUUACCUAACUUUCGAACUGUCUCCAACGCGUUUAAUGAGUGACAAUUAUUGUGCUUAAUGUCUGCAGUCGUCUGUGAGUGCUCUGCAAUGAUCAGGCAGGUCUAGUUCUGAAUCAAGUGAUCGGUGGUGAUCAGUCGGGAAGUGCUAGUGAGCUGUUUCAGAAGCCCUUUUUUCGGACAAGUUCAGAGGAAAUCAACAGCAAUGAACAGAAGAAAAACUGCAAAGUCCCUACUUAGGCCAACCAGAAAUGUGGCCUAACAUGAGCGCGUCGACACGGCUCGCAACCACCUCGAGGAUCCACCACAUCCGCCGGAGCAAGCCCCCAGACCGGCACAAACCAACCGAAUAAUCAAACCACACUAGUCCCAAUUACAAGCCAAAGAACUGACAAGUUCAACUACUCUGUGAUAUGAAAACAAUCUGGCACAAAACACUGUGAUAAAAAAGAAACAAUAUUCGAAAAUGGCAGUUCAUGUUCUCUUGGCUUCGACAGCGCUGAAGACAGUGAGCGUGACAGGCCUAUGGCUGAUACCGUUACUGCUGGGGGCCUUGACGUAUCACAAUUAUAGCGCUUACGACCCCGAGUCAAGGGUCAAGGACAGAGAGCCAAGGAAGGAGUACGACUUCAUUGUAGUCGGCGGAGGAUCAGCUGGAGCCGUCGUGGCGAACAGAUUGACUGAAGUCAAGCAAUGGAACGUCUUGCUAUUAGAAUCAGGUCCGGAUGAGAACGAAAUUACGGACGUCCCUUCGCUAGCCGGUUACCUCCAGCUAACGAAGCUGGACUGGGCGUACAAGACGGAACCCACGCCGUACGCGUGCCUCGGCUUCAAGAAGCACCGCUGUAGCUGGCCGCGGGGCAAGGUGCUCGGCGGCUCCAGCGUCCUCAACUACAUGAUCUACGUGCGCGGGAACAAGUUUGACUUCGACCAGUGGGAGUCCUUCGGCAACCCCGGCUGGGGCUACCGGGAUGUCCUCAAGUACUUCAUCAAGUCGGAAGACAACAGGAACCCCUACCUGGCCAACAGCCCGUACCACGGCAGAGGCGGGUACCUCACCGUCCAAGAAGCUCCUUGGAGAACGCCGCUGGUCGCGGCCUUCGUUGAAGCGGGAGUUGAAAUCGGUUAUGACAACAGAGACAUAAACGGAGCUAUACAGACUGGCUUCAUGAUAGCCCAGGGCACCAUCAGGAGAGGCUCCAGGUGCAGUACUGCGAAGGCCUUCCUGAGACCAGUGCGCACGAGGAAAAACCUUGAUAUCUCACUUAACACACAGGUUACUAGAGUGUUGAUAAACCCAGUGACCAUGAAAGCUUACGGAGUUGAGUACGUUAAACAUGGCGUAAAGAGACAAGUGUUUGCCAGGAAGGAGGUCAUAUUAUCAGCUGGCGCUAUAAAUAGCCCACAGUUGUUGAUGUUGUCAGGGAUCGGGCCGAAAGACCAUUUACGAGAUGUUGGUAUCCGAGUUCUAAAAGAUCUUCCAGUCGGGGAAAAUCUACAAGAUCAUGUCGGUGUCGGGGGGUUAACUUUUCUAGUCGAUAAACCGGUUGCGAUUGUCCAAAACCGUUUCCAAGCCUUCCCUGUCACCAUGAACUACGUGGUUAACGAACGAGGCCCUAUGACAACCCUAGGCGGCUUAGAAGGUAUUGCAUUCGUAAAUACAAAAUACGCCAAUAGUUCUGGUUUGUGGCCCGACAUUCAGUUUCACAUGGCACCAGCCUCCUUUUCCUCCGAUAACGGUCAAGUAGUCAGGAAAAUAUUGGGUUUGACAGAUGAAGUGUACAACACAGUAUACAAGCCAAUAGCCAACAAAGACGCAUGGACAAUAAUGCCACUGCUGCUGCGACCAAACACUAGAGGCUACGUGAGACUAAAAAGUUCCAACCCUUUCCAUUACCCAAUAAUGAAUCCUCGUUACCACGAAGACCCAGAAGACGUGGCUCGACUGGUCGAGGGCAUAAAGAUAGCUUUACAAGUGGCGAACGCGUCGCCAUUCAAACAAUUUAACUCAAGGGUUUAUAUGAAGCCUUUGCCAAACUGCAAGCACUUACAAUUCAUGUCUGACGAGUAUAUUGAGUGUCAAGUGCGGACGAUAUCAAUGACUAUUUACCACCAAAGUGGGACUACUAAAAUGGGUCCAUCGUGGGACCGUGAGGCGGUGGUGGAUCCGAGGCUGAAGGUGUACGGAGUGGAGGGUCUCCGCGUGAUCGACGCCAGCGUGAUGCCCACCAUCGUGAGCGGCAACACCAACGCCGCAGUCAUCAUGAUCGGAGAGAAAGGCUCCGACCUCAUAAAAGAAGAUUGGUUGAGAGGACUCUGCUUCAUCAUGCUCGGUCUCCUCAGCUGCGAGGCUCGCCGGGGCACUUUCACGGAGGCCAUCGCCGGCAUGCUCCGGGACAUGGAGGAGUUGCGGCGCGGGGAGCCCCCGGACGCCAGGGUCAUCCGCCCCCAGUACGACUUCGUCAUUGUCGGGGCUGGCACCGCCGGCUGUCUGCUUGCCAACCGCUUGACGGAGGUUAAGAAGUUUAAGGUGCUGUUGGUGGAGGCGGGGGACCGCGAGCAAUCGUUCAUGGACGUGCCCGUGCUGGCCACGCUGCUGCAGUUCACCGACGCCAACUGGCACUACUACACCGAGCCACAGAAGUCCGGCUGCGUGGGCAUGAAGGGCGGGCGGUGCGCGUGGCCGCGCGGGCGCGUGGUGGGCGGCUCGUCUGUGCUGCACUCCAUGAUGCACACGCGGGGCAACCGCCGCGACUACGACCGCUGGGCAGCGGCUGGCAACCCUGGUUGGGACUACGCGUCAAUUCUGCCGUACUUCAAGAAGUGGGAGAACAUCGAGCAGAUCCCGGAGCUGGCCAACGACACGGUGUACCACUCGACGGCGGGCGAGCUGACCCUGCAGUACCCCAACUGGAGGACGCCCCUGUCUGACGCCUUCCUCCAGGCCGGCGUGGAGACUGGAGGCCGCCUCGUCGACUACAACGGAGAGAAGCAGAUAGGAUACUCCAUCGUCCAGUUCACCAUGCAGAACGGCACCAGAAUGAGCUCCAGCAGAGCCUUCCUGCACCCCAUAAGAACAAGAAAGAACUUCCACAUAGCCAAAAAUGCCGUCGUCACCAAAAUACUUAUCGAUCCUGAGACCAGCAAAGCGUAUGGCGUGGAAUUUGUUAAAGACGGCAAGAAGUUUGUCGUUAAGGCGAGAAAAGAGGUCAUUCUUUCAGCUGGUGCUAUUAACUCGCCCCAGCUACUUAUGUUAAGCGGUGUUGGGCCCAAGGACCAUCUCACUGAAAAUAAUAUCACGACUAUUGCUGAUCUCCCAGUCGGGUACAAUCUCCAGGACCACUGGGCGCUCGGUGGUCUCACAUUCUUAAUUAACACGACAAACUCUAUAAGAUCUGAACGUGUCGCGUCCAUAGACAACAUCAUAGAAUAUUACACUCAACGCACCGGACCGCUCGGGGCUCCGAGUGGAACAGAAGCGCUGGCAUUCAUCGACACUAAAGAUCCUACCAACGAGGAUGGAUAUCCUGACUUGGAACUCCUUUUUGUCGGAGGCUCAAUAGUGUCCCAACCCUUCUACAAAACAGCAUUUUCGAUAGACGACCGAAUUUAUAAGAAAGUUUAUCAGCCAAUUGAAACGCGCGACACCUGGAUGGUAUUCCCCAUGAUCCUGCUGCCGGAGUCCAGGGGCCGCAUCAUGCUGCGGGACAACAGCCCGUGGAGCAAGCCUCUCAUAUACGCCAACUAUUUCUCGGACAACGGCCACGACCAGAAGGUCAUCUUACACGGCAUAAGGAAAGUGAUAGAGCUGUCCAAAACCAAAGCGUUCCAGCGUUUCGGGAGCAAACUGCACGACAUACCGCUACCGAACUGCGCGCACCACGGCUUCAACACCGACAACUACUGGUUCUGCGCUAUGAAGACGAUCACGAACACUAUCUACCACCACUGCGGGACGAACAAGAUGGGUCCUAGUAGUGACCCCAGUGCAGUGGUGGAUCCCCGCCUGCGGGUGCACGGGGUGGGGGCACUGCGCGUGGUGGACGCGAGCGUGAUGCCGCACGUGCCGGCCGCGCACACCAACGCCCCCACGCUCAUGAUCGCGGAAAAAGCGGCCGACAUGAUCAAAGAGGAUUGGGGUAUAUCUGUUGGGAAAUGACGCGUUUGGUUUCCCAGUUGAGUAGCCCAGUCGUUUAGUUAGACCUCAGAAAAUAAAUUAGGUAUGUUAAGAUUAGGGAUUUAAUGUAUAUAAUUUAUUAUUUUAGUAUUAUAAUAAUUAUAACAUACAUAACUUAUGUAUUAUUUGAUGCAUUCGUGAACUCACGAAGAAUGAGAUAUUAUUAAAAAUACUCUUAUCAUGCAAUGUUAUGUCAUGGAGGAGCGGUGGUGGAUUGGUCGGAUAACACGUCCGCUUCACACGGCGAGACAUGAGUUCGAAUCCCUAGUCCACGACACAUGUACCUACUUAUGAGUAUUUCGGAAUGUAUGUAGGUAUAAUGAACUUAUGGCUAAGAAAAACAUCUCAGAGAACCAUUUAGAUUUAAAAUGACUGGUCAACGUAGUGAGAAGAGUAUGGGCCGCAAGUCAGCUAAAUUUUAUAGAUUCAUUUGGAUUAAAUUUUUUGAAUUAACCGGCCAUUACCUAUAUCAUAAUAAAAUAGCAAUAAAAAUAUCUAUCUACUAUUGUUUAAACUAAUAAUCAUGUAAAGCAAUAUGUAGAGAUUUAUAAAUGUAAUUAGUGUCACGGUAACUAAGCCUCAUUUUAAUUACGAGUACUAUCCUCUGAAUAUAACAAUAAGAAAUACCUAAUACUGUAAAUAAUUCAGUAAGUAAACAAAAUUUUAAAAUUGUAAUUAGUUUACUUAUUUAUUUUAUGGUAUACAUAGUUUGUACAAAUAAAAAGCUCUAAACUUUG